AUGAGUGGCGGCGAUUUUAGGGUUUCGGAGUUCGUUCAGGAUGCGAUGGUCACGGAUACGAGUGAGAGGUCGCGGCCGCCUGGGGAUCCACCGGAUUCGCAAGGGUCGUGGGCUAUGAAGGUUAGGGGCACGAACGCUGGGGGCAUGCCGACGCCGGAGAGUUUGAUUGAUGAUGAGUUUGUUGAGGCGAGAAUGAAUGUGGAGUUUCCGGAAGGAGAAGACGGUGAACCAGUGAUUACGAUCGGAGAGGAGGUGAUGGUAGCGAUGCAUGGGAUGUGGAAACAGUGUAUGAUUGUUAAGGUGCUAGGACGGAGCAUUAGCAUUCCUGUUUUGAGUAGGAAACUGAGAGAGCUGUGGAAGCCAAAAGGAGCGAUGUAUGUGAUGGAUUUGCCUCGAUCCUUUUUCAUCAUUCGGUUUGAGUUGGAAGAUGAGUAUUUGGCGGCGCUGACGGGAGGCCCAUGGAGAGCGUUUGGGAGUUACUUGAUGGUUCAGGCAUGGACACCGGAUUUUGAUCCGCUUAGGAAUGAUAUCACUACAACUCCGGUUUGGGUGAGGUUGUCAAACAUUCCGGUGACGUUUUAUCACAAGGCCAUCCUCAUGGGAAUAGCUAGAGGGUUGGGGAAGCCGGUGAAAGUGGAUCUCACUACCCUUAACUUUGAGAGAGGUCGUUUUGCUAGGGUCUGCGUAGAAGUUAACCUUGCAAAACCAUUGAAGGGCACGGUGAUGAUAAACGGAGAUCGAUACUUUGUGGCGUAUGAGGGACUAGCUAAUAUCUGCGCCGGUUGUGGGUUGUAUGGGCACAUGACUCACGGCUGCCCUCAGUUAGCUCGUGAGAGUGCUGAAGUAACGAAACCUGUUGGUGGAAUUGAGGUCACACCGGCUAGAGAAUCGGAUAAAGAGGGAUUUCAGACGGUCCAGACUUCUCGAAGGCGAGCGGAGGCGCCGGUGAAUCAAAUGACGUUCACGGCGGGCAAUCCCGGAGAUGGGGGACGAAGAAAUCUACGCAAUAUCUCGGAGAAUAUUCCCCAAGAUAAUAUUCAGAUAUCGAAUAGAUUUGGGUGGCUCGCAAUUGAUUCGGAGACGUCAGAAUCUAGCGAACGGAUGGAAUUGGGUGAGGCAAAUAAGGAAAACGUGGAUACGCGAAAUAUCCACGAGGGAGAGAGAAGUGAGGGGCAAGGUAAAGUGGGUUUAUUGAGUGGGAAAUUUGACAGGAAGUUAAGUGUGAACCUUAAUGGGCCUAAGGAAAAGCGGGUAGCGAAGCCAAGAAUGAUGGCGGCCCACAAAUAG